AUGGACGAUGUGGGUCUGCAGUACGUGUCGCCUGUAUUGAGGGAGGUGUCCAACCUGGCCCGAGCGGCCAAGGCGUUCACGUCGGAUGCAGGAGAUCUUGGGAUGGUCCUGAAGCCGCCGAAGUCUGGAUGUAUCCCUGGGAACCAAAAGGUUUGGGGACAGCUCAAGAGGCACCUGGGAACCUUGAAGAUCCCGUACAGGGCCCACAUGAGGAAUCUGGGACACGAGCUCACAGGACCUCGAGUUCUUCGGCAUAUGGAGAAGCGUAGUUUGGCAGCUGGGCUGAAGCAGCACAGGCAGGUCCUGCACUAUGUGUCGUGGGCGGCCCUCCAGGUUGUGCAGUUUCGGAGGUGGGGAGCCGACCCUGUCGUGGAGCAGGACCCAGAGCUCGCCCAGGACUACUUUCUGCGGAGUUCUGAGGCGUGGCUGAUUGUGUCGGAUUCUAGGGUCACGGCGGCCAUCGAGGCCGCCCUCGAGAGCUUGCCCCCGCGCCGCCCUGAGUUCGUCCACGUCCCGCGGACGGGCGGCUCCAUGCUGGAGGAGAUCGUCCGGCCUGCGGAACAGUGGGGCAAGUAUUCCCCGAGGCUCAGCCCGAAGAGCCGCGAUAACAACUUCUUGAUCGACAACCACAUCUGCUCCCCCUACCACAUCCCUCCCUCGGCGCAGGACAGCGCCUACAGGGGAAAGGAGACUUUCUGCAUCUUCCGGGACGUAUAUGGGCGCUUGCUGUCGCAAUUCUAUUCGACAUUCUCGCAAAAGAAGAUGUACAAGUGCAGCGCGGCUGAGUUCGACAAGUUUGUCUUGGACCACUUCGCCAGCCAGAGGCGCAUCGGCAUGGCCGGCUUCCCGUACGGAACCGACUGCCACUUCCUCCCCCAGGCCUCGUACGUGUUCGGCUGGGACAGGAAGCAGAGGCGUGUGGACCCUGCCCUCAGGUGGUGCACCUGCGUGAUGCGCUACGAUCACCUGGAGGAGGACCUCAACCCGUUCCUGGAGGCCCACGGCUACUCCGCUCGCGUCCGGUUCAGGCCCUCGAAGAGGCCGUCUUCCUGCAGGGAGCCGCUCGGGAGGGACAACCUGAGCGCGGCCGCGAAGGAGCUCGUCGAGCAGGCAUACAGUGACGACCUGGGCCUGCAGAGCGCGCUGGCCGCCCGCGUCAUGGCGCUCCGCGCCGCCUCUGUGCUGCUCCUGCUGGCGUCCGCGCAGGCCGCUGUGACGCACACCAGGUUCGUGUGCGGCCAGCAGACGCAGAUCUUCACCUCGACCUCCGCGGACGCCGCGGGUACCGCCGAGUUCUCGGAGAUCACCACGGAGGACGGCAAGUGCAACAUGAUCCAGAAUGCCAAUGUUGCCUCUGUCAAGUUCUGCGGCCCAGGCAAGCUGACACUUUCGCGAAUGACCUGCAGCGAGCACCACGACUACAAGGCACAGAUCGUCGAGCACAGCGCGAGCGACUACACAACCAAUUGCGAGGUCAUCAGCACGGCGGGCACCGUCGUCGACGGCUGGCUCGGCAGCUUCACGCUGAGCUGCUGA